AUGUCUUCAUGUCAAAUUGUCAAUACAUUGGGCGACACGGGAAGCAUCUUGUCUAUGAACCAUCAGUACCGAGAUGUUGCUGAUCUAUUGAUACCGGGUCGUGUUCCACCAAUCUCGAAAGCAGCAGUCGUCGUCCAUAACGGAGAAAUAGAGUGGGCAGGUGUCCAGUCUUCGAUUCCCAUCAAACACAAAGGACUCGAUUUCAUCCACGUACCAGUACUCAUGCCAGGUCUAUGGGAUUGUCAUGUUCACUACUUCGGCUCCCCGCCCAACGAUAGCGGAGGAGGAUAUGAGCAGAUACUAGGCCCGAUAGCUCUAUUUGGAGCUCGUACAGUUCGUGAUCUCGAGAGGACGCUUCUAGCUAGUUUUACAUCCGUACGCGAAUUAGGUGGCUACGGCGGUGAGAUUGCUGCUGGGGUGGAGGAAGGAAAUUUCAUCGGCCCGCACAUUUAUUCGAGCAUUGCUCCUCUCAGCAUCACUGCCGGCCAUGGUGACAUCCAUCGCCUGCCCCUCAGAACUGUCCUCGACGGCUGUGCCCACGGACUCCCUUUUGCCGUAAGUGACGGUGUCCCAGAAUGUAUCAAAACGGUUCGUCAAAUAAUUCGCCGUGGUGCAAAGAUUAUAAAAGUCUGCGUGUCCGGGGGAGUUGUUAGCGUUCUUGACGAUCCCGAAGAUGCGGAAUUUUCUCCAGAAGAAUUGAAAGCUAUAGUCGAGGAAGCGGGGAGAUCUAAACGAGCACUCAACGCUGGCGUGAAGACGAUCGAGCAUGGAAGUUACUUGGACGAGGAAUGCAUUGCUUUGAUGAAAAAGAAGAAUGCCAUUCUAGUCCCUACCGCAUCCAUUAUCGAAGGCGGCUGGGCGUCGAGGGAUUACUUUCCUCCCGAGACAUACAAGAAAUUCCAUCAAAUCUACAGUAGCUGGAAGGGAGCAUAUUCGUUAGCCAUUGCAAGCGGCGUGAAAAUUGCUCUGGGCACGGAUCAAGCCAACAGUCAGGAAGGAACUUUCAACAGCCACGGAAGCAACGGUAAAGAAAUCUAUUUCGCAGUUCAGGCCGGAAUGAGUCCUUUGGCUGCUAUCGAAGCCUGCACCGCCACGGCUCCAGAGACUCUUGGAGAGCAUAUAGCGCCAAAAUCGGGGCAGAUCCUCGAGGGGUACGAUGCCGAUCUAAUUGCUCUGUCGCAGAACCCGCUCAACGAUGUGAGCGUCCUGUCUGAUCCCGACAACGUGACUCAUGUGUGGAAGAUGGGAAACUGUUCAAAUCGCCUUAGUUGUUGCGGGAGGGUUCUUCUCUUUGGUUUCCUGUUAUCGGUCAUCAAGACUCGUGUUCAGAAAGUACCUAGGUAGGUCGUUUCAGGGUCACAUAUCUCAUUCACAUGCAACAUCUCUUUUUUUCAUUCAACAGGAUCAAGGUCUGAGACCUUGGGCGCCCAAUGGUGGUAUAGAAGUACGCCGAAGAGAAACCAGAAAUACAGAA